UAUAAUAAUAACCUUAUAUUUUAUUUCGACUACAACACGUUUUUCUUAAACGAGCUUGUGUUCAUUGUGGGGAGAUACAAUCAAUGAAAGUGAGGAACAAACAAACUCAUACCUACUGUUUUUAAUUCGCCUUACAUUAUUUUCCCUCCUACCUACUUGGACUCGAUUCUUGCUCCGAAAUUCUACUGUUGUGUACCUCGGAAAUGGAGAAAAGCUUCACCCCGUUCCCGUUUGACCUCAUCUCUUUUUGGUACCGAGAGUCUACUCGAUCUAGCCGCCAAAUCAUCCCAGGAACAACAUGGCUAGUACGUACCGAGUACGGUACGGAGGACGUCCAGUCUCCAGUCUCCCUUUUCGGAUGCAUCCCCAGCUUGCGGGGCAGUUUAUAUGAUCUUCAUAAGAGAACGAUUCCCGCACCCAUUUCCAGAUUCUUUCUUCAUCCAAACAAAAAAAAAACCAUUGGAAACUUCAUUCUUUCCUGGCCGGUCCAUUUGUUUACUUUUUCCUUCUUCGAUUCCCGUUCUUUCGAUCAGCCUUUAUAAUCAGUUUGAUACACUCAGCUAUAACCCCCAAAUACCGCAAAUAUGAAGUUCGCAGCUAUUCUUUUCACUUCCCUCGCGGCCUUUGCCUCAGUCUCCGCUGCCCCUCAGCAAAAGAAGGCACCCAAAGGAAAGGAAGGAGGUGGCGGUGGAGCUGCCGGCUCAGUCGUCAAGGGAUCAGACACCCUGACCUUUUUCGAAGUUGGAGGUAUCCCCGGAAACGAAUGCCUCACAUUCCGUAACAAUGGUACAUUGCCUCCAUCCCCUCUACCACGGACUAGCCAUCUAACAAGCACUCUAGGUGACAUGGUCAACGCAGCAUGCGUCGACACCGCCGCCGACCGACAAAUGACGCCCAGCAAAAACGCCGCGGGUGACGAUGUUCUCCUCUUGCAACGCUCUUUCGCCGCGGGCUUCCGUCCGGAUCUGGUGGGUGUGCAGGCUUGCUUGGGAUUGACGGAUGGCACUUUCAAAGCGAUCGAUUGCGCUUCGUCGGAUCCCAUGGUCUCCCUUAAGGGGACGCAGUUGUUUGCCGGAAAGGCGUGCCACAGCGGUCACAACGGGAAGGCUGAGGUCACUGUGGACGCUACUGGUGCCAAGUGUGUUGAUGUGAAGACUAAGAAGGUCAAGGCGGCUGCUCCUAUUGAGUAGAUUGGGAAAAGACAAUGGGGAUGGAUUGAUGUAUCUGCAGAUUUUAUGCUUGAUAAUCGACGACAAGCUUUUCUUAUAAAUAAUUAUAUUUUUGGAAC